AGCGACGCCAUCCGGACGCGCUUUUGUUUGUGGAUGAACACUCUAUAACCCGUUUCGGAAAUGUGGACAGAAAUUGGGAAAUUAUUAUUUUUUCAUGUUUUAUUUUGGGAAUUAUACUCCGCCAAAGGUAAUGAAACUGGCGCUGAGACGGAGUGCGAGGAUGGACAGUUUCAGUGCAACAAUAAGAGAUGUAUUCCCACCAUAUGGAGAUGCGAUGAUGAUGAUGACUGCUCGGAUAACAGCGACGAGGAGAACUGCUUGAAGAACACAUGCGCUCCCUCAGAGUUUGCGUGUGCGAACGGUCAGUGUGUUCCUGGGCGCUGGCGGUGUGACGGAGAACCCGAGUGUCCGGACGGAUCGGAUGAGGCUGACGCCACCUGCACUGUCAAACAGACGUGUCCACCGGAGAAGUUUGACUGCGGAGGGAAGUGUGUGUCGCUGUCCUGGCGGUGUGACGGGGAAAGAGACUGUGAAAAUGGUGAAGAUGAAGCAGACUGUGCAGCAGAUGCCAGGUCCUGCUCAGCGGGGGAGUUCCAGUGUCGUAACCGUAAAUGUUUAGCACCGGUCUAUGUGUGUGACGGCGAUGACGACUGUGGAGACGGCAGCGAUGAGGAGAAGUGCUCUCCACCCACCUGUGGGCCGCUCGAGUUUCGCUGUAACAGCUCCGAGUGUGUGCCCCAGCCCUGGAUCUGCGACGGCGACCCUGACUGCGCUGACGGCUCUGACGAGUGGGCGGGGCGAUGUGGGGGCGGGUCUGGACGGCUGGCUCCGCCCCCCACCCGGAGGCUGCAGUGCAGUGCUGGAGAAUUUCGUUGCGGCAGCGGGGAGUGUGUGAAACUUGCCUGGAGAUGUGACAGGGACCCUGACUGCAAGGACAAGUCAGAUGAGGCGGACUGCCCUCUGCUCACAUGCCGGCCUGAUGAGUUCCAGUGUGGAGACGGAUCCUGCAUCCACGGCAUCAAGCAGUGCAACAAAAUACACGACUGCCUCGACAAGAGCGACGAGGCUGGCUGUGUCAAUGCCACAAAGUGUGAAGGACCUCUGAAGUUCCUCUGCAGGAAUGGAGAAUGCAUUGAUGGCAGCAAGGUGUGUGAUAAUGUGAAGGACUGCAAGGAUCGGUCGGACGAACCCAAGAAGGAGUGCAGUUUGAAUGAAUGUUUGCUUAACAAUGGAGGCUGCUCACACAUCUGUGUGGACCGUCCCAUCGGAUACGAGUGCCAGUGUCCUGCAGGAUAUAAGCUUCUGGACAAGAGGACAUGUGGAGAUAUCGAUGAGUGUGAGAACCCUGAUGCCUGCAGUCAGAUCUGCAUUAAUCUGAAAGGAGAUUUCAAGUGUGAAUGUCACCCGGGUUAUGAGAUGGACCCCGUUAGCAAGACCUGCAAAGCUGAAGGGAAAAGCCCUUACCUGAUGUUCACGAACAGACAUGAGAUCAGACGCAUUGACCUGGUGAAGAGGGACUACACACAGGUGGUUCCUACUCAGAAGAACGCAGUGGCCAUUGAUAUCGACGUCGCCGCCAACCGCAUGUACUGGUGUGACCGUUUUCAGCACAAAAUAUACAGUGCUUACAUCCACGAGGCGAGUGACCCGUCUCGACACGUUACUCUGAUCGACUCCCAUCUGCAUUCCCCUGAGGGUCUGGCACUGGACUGGGUCCAGCACAACCUCUACUGGACCGACUCGGGCGACAGAACCAUCUCUGUGGCUUCAGCGGAUGGCAGCAGGAGACGUGUGCUGAUCAGCACCGAUCUGAGCGAACCUCGAGCCAUCGCUGUGGAUCCUGAGAGAGGGUUCAUGUACUGGUCUGACUGGGGCAUCAGGGCCAGGAUCGAGAAGGCUGGCAUGAACGGUGUAGAUCGGCAGGUGCUGGUGUCUGAGGACAUCGAGUGGCCCAAUGGAAUCACACUCGAUGUGGUUGGUAAGCGCUUGUACUGGGUGGACUCAAAACUGCACCUGAUCUGCAGCGUGGAUUUAAACGGGGCCCAUCGCAGAGUCAUCCUGUCCUCCAGCGAGAGACUCGGCCAUCCGUAUGCCCUCGCUGUCUUCGAGGAUCGCGUGUACUGGACGGACCGUGAGAAGGAGGCCGUCUACAGUGCAAACAGACUCACGGGACAAGAUGUGACCAGUCUUGCCGAGCACCUCAAUGACCCUCAUGACAUAGUGGUUUUCCAUGAGCUGAGCCAGCCUGCGGCUCCUGACAGCUGUAACCUGAGCGGCGUGACUAACGGAGGCUGUGACUUCCUGUGUCUGCGAGCUCCGCAGAUCAGUGAACACUCACCCAAAUACACCUGCGCUUGCCCUGACGGCGAGGAGCUCAGCCCUGACACACGCCAGUGUGUGCCCGUUCAAAAUGAGACUGUUGUCACACCUACUGUCCCCAUCAACAUCACCCAUGAGACAGGGGCUGGCCGGGCUCCAGAGUCCCCUGCAGCAGUGACAUCUCAGUCCGACAGUGUGGCUGAAACCACUCUCUCAUCACUCCUCACCUCCAGCCCAGAGGAACCGGCUGUCUCCUCUAAUACUACAGCAGAGCACAGUCCUACACAAGUGUCCAGCACCACACCAGACAGCCUGAGCAACCUGUCUCAUCACUCUGGCAAUGAGUUGUUUCUUCUUGGCCGUAAUCUGACAGUGGCAGUGCUUGGAGUUGUGAUUCCCAUAGUUCCUAUUGUUGCCACAGUGGUCUUCGGAGUGGUGUGUGCCGGCGUUUACCUCGUUUACCGCAACUGGAGGAGGAACAGCACCAAAAGCAUGAACUUUGACAACCCCGUCUACAGGAAAACCACAGGAGAGACGGAGGAGGAUGAGAUUCACAUCGGACGGACUGACGGGCUCGCUGGGCAUCAUCACCACCCUUACCCCGGGCCCGUGGUCGGCAUGACCCCAGUCGGCACAGGGACGUGCCCGCCGUUCAUCGCUCUGCCUCUGGGGACCGGUUUACCAGACCCUGCCACACACUGGUACACAGAGCAGCCCACCAUCUCGAGUACUAAGUGAAAGGGAGGACGACUCGAGAAAUACUGUGACUGCAGGAGCAGGACUGACACAUGGCUGCCAAGUUAUGCAGGAACUGAAUGGCAUUUAGCGAGCUGAGUCAUUCUUAACAUGCCCAGGUUUUGAAGUACGCUGGAGUGCAAAGACUGGAUUGAUUACUAAACUAAAGGUUUAGACAUUUCAGACCCAUAUUCAUUUAGGUCCAUUUUAUUGCUGGUUGGAAGACUUUUCAAUCCUGCAUUAUUUAUAUUUAUCUUAUAAUCACAGACGAAUCUAGCACUGUAACUGGCAUUGAGUUUACUACAUAAAUAUGGAACUGCUUAGUGUCAUGAUUUUAUUUAAUAAUGAUAAUAAAAUGUAUAAACAGUGAGCCACAUUUCUAAAGUUGUUCACCUGUAUCAUAUUAUACAGUAUAACUCUUUUAUUUUAAUAAUCUUUGACUUUACAGACAUAAUAACACAAGAGAAGUUAACAUGAAAUCAAAAUGGACUUAUUCACUUUCCUGUGUUUGUUCAUACUGUACACGUUUCAUCUGUGCAUAUGAUUCCAAAGAAAAAAAAUAUAUUAGAAAACUUGAUUCUGAAUUCUGAAACAACUUUAGUUUUUUUGGCUAAUGUCACAAACAACUUUUUAUAUGAAGAUCGUACUUCAUGAUCAAUUCAAUUCCCAGUGCAUAAGAUCAAGUCAUGUUCAAAUUUCAUUUAGAAAUAAUGGCUUUAUAAAAGUAAAAUUGGCUGCAAAUGUAAUUUCAUGUUGACUUUAACAGUAACUAAUACUAGGAUGUUUACAUUUUAACUUUUCAACUUAGAACGACCCAACAAAGAAAGAUAUCAAUACAAAAAUAUUCCCUAUAUUUCUUGAUAUGUUUUGUCCGUUUCAUCAGUAUUAUCCACUUUUUAUAGGUGUGUUUACUCCAUAGAGAGACAUUGUAUUUUCAUCACUCGCAUGCAAAAAAAAAAGUAAAAAAAAGCCAUUGUCCUUGAAUUCACACGACUGUCUGGUGAGGCCGAGGACGCGUCUCUGUGGGGCUCCACAGCACUGCAGCUAUGACUUGGCAAGAUACUGAAACUGGCAGAGUACCGUGAUUAGUGGAGCAAACCCCAGCGUAGUCACUCUGAGACACAAAAGAUGUUACGAGGGUCAGCGCGAGUGCGUUACACAGCGGGGUCUCUUGUGCUUUACUGCGUUUCGCUAGACGUAAACCAGUGGUAAUUUAUGAAAUGUCACAGUUUCACACGUCUGUUUCUGUUAUUGGAGUUGUCGCAUGCCGCCCACUUACAGUUUAUUCACUUUCAUGUUGUUGUUUAUCUCCGGAGCGGAGAAAUGCGGUGAACAUUAGCUGAUAGUCGCCCCAAGGGUCUAGCAUAGCUACAGACGCCGAGCUAAAGGUUGCAUAAGCACUAUGUUAACGUCUAAACACAUUAGAAUCACAUUAACGUUGGGGGACUGGUAUAUGUGCAGACAGCCUUCUCAGCAGAUUCAGUGUCCAUGCCUCACUGUAAUAGACGUACCAUCCUUUGAAGACGCUCUGAAGGCCUGUCAUUCCUAAUGCUGGACAUUUAUUUGUGCGGUUGUUUUUAACACGGGGUACCUCUGCAUUCUUCUGUCAUGUGCUGUUUGUCUCAGGGAGAUGGUAUAGACUAGAGAGUGUGAGCAGUGAGGGUUUCAGUUAGUUUUGAUAAUUGGAAUGGGAAAUAAUGCGUAACAAUGAAUUCACUGUCGUGGAAAUAAAAUGCACCUUGUGUAGGUCGACCUAAGAUGUGAUGAAUAAAGAGUGGUUAGAGCUUUGGUUAGAGACGGAUUUUUGACGUCCUGGUCACCAAACAUGCCAAAGUCACAUUUCACCCCAAAAAUUAAAAGAGAGAAAUCACAUUUUUCACAAAGAAAUAUGUACUGCAAAAAGUGAUAUAUAAAUAUACCAAACGAAAGUUUUGCUCCGUCGAAAUAAAAAAUCAUAAUGUCCCCAAGUUUUUGACCUGUGUAUAUAUAGAUACAAUUUGUUUUUUUAGUUUUUAAUUUAAUUAUGUAUAAAUGUAGAAACAUGAAAUGUGAUUUUUUUAUAUAAAGUUAAAUAAUUACAUUUUACUUAAACAUUACUAAAUAGAAAAAUAAAACAUAUUACAUUGCUUCCAUAUUAAGAAAAUAAGAUAAUCAUGAGAGUGAGAAAUACCAGGGCCAAAUAUUUUUACAUUUUACAAUACAAUAAAUCUUAAUGGUCCCUGAAGCAGUUUCCAUGCAAAAUAAUAUUUGGAUAUUUCUUUCUUUUGAUUUUGGGGUGAAAUAUGACCUGAACAUUUUUUGUGAGAUUCACUCGCAUGAGGCUUUUUCCCCUUAAACAGUACUUUAUAUUAUGACGUUGCUUUGGUGUCCUGUCCUUUGAAUAAAUUGUCAAACAAAAGGACUGUUUUUUUUUGUUUUUUUUAUUUGGGUGGUCAGGAAGACCAGCUGUUCAUUUACAGCUUCUGCAAUCAGAUGUUACCUCAUUAAUAUUAAAGAGCAUCGCUCUAGGAUUUCAAAUGAAGUCUCCCUCAUGAGAGAGGAGCAUUAAUUAUCCUAUGUGUGUGUGUGUGUGUGUGUGUGUGUGUGUGUGUGUGUGUGCAGAUGUAAAUGUGCAUUCAGAAUGCAUGUAUUUGUGGUGUGAAAGAUUACUCUGUGUGUAAUGUGAUUUCAGAAUGCGAUGUGUAAAUAUGUUUUCAUACAAAUACUUUUGAUACACCUUUGUAAAAAUGUAUAUAAGAUUUUAGAUAACUGUAUUGCCUAUUAAUUAAUUUAUUUGGAAUAUAUGAUCAUUGUUUUCCGAUGGUAAAAUAAUAUAUUCUGCCAAAGUGUUGCUGUGCUGUUGGUAUAAUUAAUUUUUGUUGUUGGUAUUUUUUACUUUCUGAAUCUUUAUUUUUACAUUUUAAGGCUUUAAUAUAGUUUUUUUAGAGUAGUUUAAUUGAAUUACAUUGUUAUUGCACUAUAUUUUGCAAACACAAAACUUGUUUUUCUUUUUUGUGCCUAGUUUUGUGAUUUUUACCAACACUGAUUUCAUUCUGUCUGAUCUCUGACUGCAUACAUUUUAUUGUGGCAUUGUCGUCUCAUGGUAUUUCAAAUGUUACUCUUUAUAUGUCUCUCUAUAAAUUGAUAUAAAAGUGAAUAAAAAAAUCUCCUGCCA